GCCUCCCUAAUUAGGUCGUCUUCUUCUUCUUCCCAAGUUCUAAAUUCUCUUUUCGAUUGAAAUCUAGCAUAAAUGGCGAUGGGUUCAGUUUCACUGAAAAUAGGCGACGGAACAGCUCGAUUUAAGAAAGCUACUAUCUGUUCAUCUGCUUUGAAUCUCGUAAUGCUCUUCUUUGUUCUUAUAACCAACCUAUUUGCUCUAUAUGCAUUCACAUCAACCCCAAAGAUUCACAACUACCAUUCCCCUAACAACAUCUCUAUAAUCUCCGAACAAGUGUCGUUGAUCCUCAGAGAGAUCGAUUCUUCCCAAAAGAAGCUUGCCCAGAUGGAAAAACAGUUCAUCGGCUUUGAAAACAUCGAUCUUACCCAACCCAAAUUAGCAAAAGAGCUUAAUCUCUUUCUCCAACGAUAUCAGCUUCCAUUGGGGAAAGAUUCAAAAACUGGGAUUAAAGAGAUGGUAUCCUCUGUCGGUCAUUUCUGUGAGAAAUCAAUGGAUUCGCUAUCUCAGUUCAUGAAUUACAAGGUUAAUAAGCCAUGCCCUGAUGACUGGAGCUUUGGGGAGAAACUGAUUCUCAAAGGAUGUGAACCUUUACCCAGAAGAAGAUGCUUUUCCAAGUCAAUUCCUAAGGUGAACAACUGUAAUAAUAAUGACUGUUUUGAUCAUUUAAGUAAAACCAGAGGGAAGAAUGGUUUCCUAAUUGAUGAUGUGCUUGCAUUAGGCAGCAAUAGGGGUGGAAUAAGAACAGGGUUAGAUCUUGGUGGUGGGUCUGCAACAUUUGCAGCUAAAAUGGCUGAGAAGAAUGUGACUGUAAUCACAUCUACUUUAAACAAUGAAGGUCCGUUUAGCAUAUUCAUGGCUUCAAGAGGUUUAUUUCCUUUGUACACGAGUUUGGAUCAAAGGUUUCCUUUCUAUGACAAUGUGUUUGAUUUAGUACAUGUUGUUAGUGUUUUGGAUGUUGGUGAGAGUAGUUCGAAGAAGCUUGAGUUCUUAAUGUUCGAUGUGGACAGAGUUCUAAGGGCUGGAGGAUUGUUUUGGUUGGACAGCUUUGAUUUUGCUAGUGAUGAUAAGAAGAGUGAAUUGAUUAGUUUGAUUGAAAGAUUUGGGUAUAAGAAACUGAAAUGGGUUGUGGGGGAGAAGAAGAUGAAAUCAAAGGCUUCUUUGUCUGCAGUUCUUGAAAAACCAGUCAGACUAUAGUGGAACUUAUUUGAAAAACUUCUUGUUAUUAGGUAAAGGUAAUGAGAAAUCUAGAAGCAUUAAUGGUAACUUUGUUUCUUACAUUA